AAUAGUUUUUUUGUUACAAGCUUUUCAAUCACAUAUGUUUAUACAAAGUGUUGAUGUGUUAAAACUUAUAAUGAGUAAAACAACCCAUUAUUUUACAAGUCCAAUCUAGAAAGAAUACGCAUGGAUAACCAAAAAUACAAUUAACUAGUGAAAGAGGAAGGGUUUGAAAGAUGAUUUAUUCAGAUCUCUCCUCAUGCUCAUUAAGAAGGCAAAUGAACAAGCUAUUCCAUUAAUAAAUUAGGUUCGUGUGUCUUCUUCUUUGCACCAAAAAGUUUAUAUUUAAUCAUAUUUUGAUGUGUGUUCAAAAAAAAAUCAUAUUUUUAUGUAUCCAUGCCACUUCAUCUGAAUUUGAUUUGAAAAUCAAAUUCAUUCCAAGAAAUCACUUUUUAUUCUUAUUAAUCUCUUUCGUUAACCUCCAUUUACGUAUUUUAUAAGAAAGUCUACUAGUUUCAAAACCAAAUCUUGAAUAUCAUAUACAGACCUUGAAGGUUAAAUUCUAUUAACAGUAUUAACAACAACCAACAAUUGACUAGUUAAAAUCUGUAUACCCAAAAAUCCUUAAAAAAAAUCGUGGCUUUUACCUAAAUAUAAGGAUAUUUUUCAUUAGCAAAAUCUCAAAAAUGUAAUUAUAAUAGUGUUGCUUUUUAGGUACUUCUAUAUAACAUAUCAGUUACAUGUGGCAAACGGCUACUGGUUGGGACUUAUGAGUUUUCGUUAUUAGACGUUACUGAAAGCUUUAAAAGUUACACGUGUACAUAAAUGAUUGGUUCUACUACGUGGAGCCUAUAUUAAAGUGAAAUGACUAGAAGAGAGAGAUUGUCAGCCACAAAAAAAAAGAGAGAACUUCGUUGAGCUAAACCCUAGCCCCGAGCCUCCGAGAAGAAAAGGGGAUUUAGUUACGUAUCUUCUUAGGGUUUUGCACCAGUACUCGAUCAUGGAUUAUUCUGAUGAUGAUGGCAUGCUCGAUAAUGAAUCAGGUGAAGAUAAUUUAUACAGUGACGACGCAGCCGACAGUAAUCCUCUAUUUGCCGAGGAAGAUAUGGACAAGGAUUGCACAUCUCAGCUAAGUUACGUAGUUCUUAACGAAGAAGACAUUCACAAGCAUCAAAGGACCGAUAUCGAACAAGUUUCUACUGUUCUCUCUAUAAGCCAAGUCGAAGCGAUCAUUUUGCUUCUUCACUACCAGUGGAGUCCUAGUAAAAUAGAAGAUGAAUGGUUCACCGAUGAAGAAAAAGUCCGUGAAAGCGCAGGUUUAUUGAAGGAGCCAGUUGUUGAUCUUAACGACAAAGUGAACAUUGAAUGUGGGAUUUGCUUUGAUUCAUUUCUUCAGAAGGAUAGUGCAACGGUUUCUUGUGGUCAUCCUUAUUGCAAGACUUGUUGGACCGGUUACAUCACUUCGAAAAUUAACGAUGGUCCGGGAUGUCUGACGGUUCAAUGUCCAGAGCCGUCUUGUUCUGCUGUGGUUGGUCAAGAUAUGAUCAAUAGUGUUAUAACCAAGGAAGAGGAUAAGGAGAAGUAUUACAAAUAUUUUCUUAAGUCUUAUAUCGAAUCGAGCCAGAAGAAGAUAAAAUGGUGCCCGUCACCUGGAUGCGAAUACGCUGUUGAUUUUGGAGGUGAGAGUGAAAAGUAUGAUGUUUCUUGUUUGUGUUCCUAUGAGUUUUGCUGGAAAUGCUGUGAAGAUGCUCACCGCCCUGUGGACUGCCACACAGUGGCGAAAUGGAUAUUCAAGAACAAUGAUGAAUCCGAGAACACGACUUGGAUACUUGCCAAUACAAAGCCUUGUCCUAGUUGCAAACGUCAGAUCGAGAAGAACCAAGGAUGCAACCAUAUGAGAUGCUCCAUUUGCAAACAUAGCUUCUGUUGGGCUUGUCUGGAUCCACUGAAUAAUCACAAGUCUUGCCACAACUUUAGGGGUGAGACUGAAGUUAAGCGAGAAAUGGCGAAAAAGGCAAUCGAUAGAUACAUGCAUUAUUACGAAAGAUGGGUGGGAAAUCAAUCUUCGAGGGUAAUGGCUAUGGCAGAUUUGAAGAAAUUGCAAUCGGUGCAGCUUGUGAAACUUAGUGUCAAACAUGGCAUACGGGAAACUCAGCUCCAAUUCACCGUAGAGGCAUGGCUUCAGAUCAUCGAGUGCAGAAGGGUCUUGAAAUGGACAUAUGCAUAUGGGUACUACCUUCCUGAGCAGGAAAGUACCAAGAAACGAUUUUUCGAGUAUUUACAAGGAGAAGCUGAAGUUGGUUUGGAGAGGCUACAUCAUUGUGCAGAGUUGGAGUUCAAAGAGCUCGUCAACGAAACUGAAUAUUUCUCUAAAAAAUUCGAAGAUUUCAGGAGGAAGUUAAUUGGUUUGACUAAAGUAACCAAAACAUAUUUCGAAAAUCUUGUGAAAGCUUUGGAGAAUGGUCUUGCUGAUGUGGAACCCAAUGAGACCAAAUCGGCAACAGACUCUAAUAAAAGACAAAAGUUGGUAUAAUGGUAUUAAAAAGAUCCAAGUGAUCACUGAGAUCUCUUGGUUCAAGUACUAUCUGUGUUUUAUGUUUUUUUUUUGUGGCAAGGAUGUAGAAUCUGUGACUUUUUAAACCUUAUUUCCUAAUAAUUAUUUAGCAUACUAGAAUUUGCACUCUUCUUUGACUUAUGAAGCCCUGAUCUUGCUUUGGCAAAAAUUUAGAGAACAGUAAAUUUGGUUUUCUUGCUCUAUCUGACGGUUUUGAUAGUUUCUCUCGGGUCUCUCUUUGGUUAUUGGAGCUUGAUGAAAGCUCUCUUCCAGAGUUUGAGAUAUCUUUUUCAAGCUAGCUCUCUCCUCCUCUCACUGAGGAGGCACCUCGAGGCUUCUCAAGUCCUCUUGCUCAGGUUUGGUCUAUGGUAAAUGUAAUUCCUCUGCGGACUUAAUUUUUCCGUCGGCCAUCCAUACAUAAUACUUGGGUCGGGUCGUUCCACCACUUUUUUUUUCUUAGCCUUUGAAACUCAUAUUAUAGAAUAACGUGCAAAGAAAAACAUGUUUUAUCAAGGUAAAUCAUUUUCAGUUCCAUUCUCUAUUUAGAUAAUAGAUUAGAAAUUCAAUGCAAGAUCACCGAAAAAAUUGUAGAAAACAAAAAAUGUGGAAUGCCUUUGUUUUUUAUAAAACCAAAUUCGGACCAUCUUCUAGUUAAACAAACCUGAUAAAACAAAAUUCAGAUAAUUGAUGAGAUGCAGAAGAAGAGAAUGAAGUCAAAAGCAACUGAUUCUAAAGAAGGAACGAGGAAGAAGAAUGAAUCUUAUGUGAAGGGCCUCCAUAUAAUUAGAGAUUUUGUCACUAAUUUUAAAGUCUCCAUACGAAUUAGAGGUUUAGGCACUAAACAAAAAAUUCCUUUUUUAACAUCAAUACAUCAUCAUAUACAGUGGCGUACUCAGGAAUCAGGAUCCUUUUAAACAUGGUUCAAAAUUUAAAUGGACUUUAAAUCCAGACAAAAAGAAGUAAAAUAGGCAGUAGAGUAGAGUCGAACCUGGUUUAAGGGAUCAGCCAUAGUAAGAUGUGUUGCUAGCUGAUCACCCUUCUAUACACAUACA